AUGCCGACGCAGCUUCCGAGAUGGCAAUAUUUUGGCACCACUUCUGGUGUGAUUCGCCUUCUGCCCGGCAGAGAAUGGCGCUCAAACUUCGUCGGAUUCUAUGAUGACUAUGACCCGAGACUUCGCUCUUGGUACAUCUCAGCUACCAGUGGACCCAAGGACGUGGUGAUUGUUAUAGACUGCAGUUUAAGCAUGCGUGGAGAGAAGUCCGGAAUCGCUAAGGAGGUGGCGAUCGCGAUAAUACGAACACUGACAAAACGUGAUUAUAUGAAUGUGAUAUGUGCCAGAGCCAGCCAUUGGGACGAAGUGGGCCAUUGGUAUCCAUACCAAACCGAGGUGCUCAGCUGCCAGGAGAAUCACAUGGUGCCGGCUACUCUGGCGCAUCGACGCGAUCUGAUCGAGAAGAUCAACGCUAUCGAGCCGGGUGGUACCACGGAGAUGGAUGCUGGCUUUGAUCUGGCGUUCCGACUGCUCGGCUCCAAACCGAGAACGGGAUGUCAUUCAAUCGUGAUAUUCGUGACGGACGGCAGAGAUACAGAGGGCGAGGGUGUGCGGUGUCAUGCCGGCUACUACACUCGGUCAGGGUACAUGCCCGGUCCUGUAUGCAAGUGA